CUACCUUCUUGUGCUUCUUGCAUUAAAUUUUUCUUUUUUGGUGCCUUCCUUUUGUAAUAAUCCAUGUGAGGCUCUGUAAAAUCAUAAGGGUCCUGGAAUAACUUGCUCAAGGAAAUGUUUAGUAAAUGCUAAAAUGUUUAAGGGCACAUAUUUAUAUGAUAUGGACAAGAGUUGGAUAUACUUUUCCUUGGCUCUCGCCACAGAUCUUUUGUCUAUGGGAUUUAGUUUCAGAUGCUCAACCAAGGACUUUCCAAUUAAUUGGGUGAUGUCCCAAGUUUAUGAGAAGCAACUAGAUUUGCUUUCUGCUCUCUUAUGGGUGCUUAAGUUCCUUUCAAUUAAAUACAGCUGUGUAUUAACGGGUUUUGUAUUUCCUUUCUUACAACAGCUUCCUUAUUACAUCGAUGGGGAUAUGAAGAUCAGUCAGAGUAAUGCAGUAAGUCAAUAAAAUUAUAGGAAUUGUUCCAUAAAUAAUCUGUUAAUUUGAAAUGCUUAAUUCUUCCAUAAUUAUCUAAUAAAUGCAAUUUGCAGAUACUUCGUCAUAUAGCAAGGAAACAUGAUUUGUGUAAGUGUGCAUUUCCAUUAUUUGAAUAAUAGUUCUGGAGAGAAGGUCAAUAAAUACAAAGAACAUCUUCAAGCAAAUAGAAACUUGUAAAUUGAUGCUAUUGUCAGAACUUAAAAAAUCUUUUGUUUUAUCUUGCUUUAGGAUUGGUCUAGUAAAUUCUCCGCACCCUCUCAACCAAAAGUAUUCAAAACUAAGACCAACUGAACCUUGGUUACUUGCUUUUUUCUGAACUUCAGGCAUACAGUUUUCUUGUUUUUACUUUUAAUUCUUAUUUUCUCUUGGUAAAAGUUUCCUUUGUUUUGAUUGGUCAUUUCAGUCACUUUGGACUGGUUUUACAACACUCUAUUAAAUGCAAUAAAAGGUCCCUGCGUGGUUCUGAUUAAUUAGCAUUUUAGACCAUCAGUUUUACAAACUUAAGAUAAAUACAAGCUACAGUCAAACCUGUAUUAAGUAGUCACCCAUGGGGAAUGGUGGAAGACCGCUUUAUUUAGGUUAAUAGCCUAAUUCAGGUUCUACAGAAUAGGGUUAUUAUAAAAAAUGAUAAAAGUGGCAUUUUAUGUCAUAAUUGACCACUUAAUUUGCAAAACUUGUUCAGAAAUACUGCUAACAUUGAUUUUGGGAGAUAAACAUGGAUCAAAUUUUGCCUGAAAGACUAUUCUUAGUUUGAUUUAAGAGGUUUGGCUUUGAGUGACCAUUCAGUACAAAUGAAGGACAAUACAAACAGGCUAUUGGGACUCGGUGACCAUGGUGGUCACCCUUACAAGGGUGACCACCAUGGCUUAAUAGAGGUGACCACUUAAUACAGGUUCAACUGUUUAAUGAUGAUGUUUGUCCGAGAGAUGAUUGGUUCCAUGUGUACAUCAGUAACAUUUUUCUACUCUGGUAAGCUUGUAAAGAAGAAUGCUCUUUGUAAUUUGUAAGGUGGCACAUCUGAAGAAGAGAAAGUAAUGGUGGAUGUUGCAGAAAACCAGGUUUGCUCUCUCUUCUCUUCCUUAAGUAAAAUUUUGCUUGUAAGAACUUUAACAGCUGUUGCAAGAAUUUUCUUGUUUUGUUAUAUUCCUGUGAUCUUCAAAUGAUCUGAAAAGGUUGCAAUCCGCAUUUUGAACUGACCACUACUUUAGAGAAAUGAUGAAUAUUUUGCUAUGUUUGCAUUCACCAUGAUAGAAAAACUACACUCAUUUUUCAGGAUAGUAAAAUGUAUACAUUAUUCCUCUUUGCAUUUUAUUUUAGGCUGGUCAGUCUCUGAGUCUACAAUAUCUUGCUUUUUUUUUCCAAAAUUGUGUUGUGGUAAUCAAAACUGUAUGUUAUUUCUAUAAAUCUGAAUGUCUCUUAGCCUGCUAUGUAGGUCACAGGACAUUUUGAUUUUGAUUAUGUGUAAAAUAAUUAUAUGAUGACUUUAUUUUAUAAAAAGUUAAUAUUGUAACACUAUUUUAAACUUUUGCAGCUCAUGGAUUUCCGCAAAAAGUUUACUGCAUUGUGUUAUAAUCAGAACUUUGUGAGUACUAACACUUGAGAGUAGUUUGUACAUAAUUUAUUCAAUUUCAAACAUAGUUUCUCACAAUUAUUGUGACCAUUGUUUUGAUAUUUCUUGGGCUUGAAUAUUCUAAAAUAUCCAUUAAUUUUUGCAUGGUGCAAAGUUGCUGGGCAGUUAUCAAGCAAUAAAAACUCUAUAUCUAAAUUUAUCUUGCAAUUGUUUUAAUCAAAAAAGAAAAAAGGCCAGCAUAAAAAAGCUAGCUCAAGAGUUUAAUUUUUUAAUAUUAAUUAAUUUACUUGGAAGAAAGACAAACUUAUUCUUUUAGAAUGUAUUUUUCAAAUUUCCAAUGACCAUUGAUAGUGAGUGGGUUAUAGUUGAAAAGUUUUUUCACAAUAUUUUUUUCUUUGCAUUUUCCCUAGCUAUUUGUUGUUUUAACUUACCUGUCUUACCUAUUUGGAGAAUGGUGAUGCUAUUUGCUUUCAUCCUUGAGUUUUUGAGGUGUCAUGCAGACUCUCUGAUCUGUAAAUAGAUUUCUGACAUUUCAGACAUUUUGUGUCAAGGCUUGUUGAAUUAGCAAUAUGUUACUCUUUUGAAUGAGAUGUUAUUAAGGUGUGCUUAUUAACAGUAGAUUUUUUGUUGUUGUUUAAUCAUAUACUAGAUGCCAGUUGGUUAUACUCUUUUGGUGAAUAUUUAUCUUUCCUGGCAGGAAACAUUGAAAGAGAACUACCUUAAUGAUGUCAAGCCUAUGAUUAAACAAUUUGCUGAAUUUUUGGGAGAAAAGAAAUUUGUAACUGGAGAUAAGGUAAACAAGUAAUAGGAUCCAAAUGUUGAUGACAAGUUAAGGCUGAAGAAUGCACCAGCUAAACUUGCCAAUCAAAGCCUGAUGCAGAAUUGGGUUUUCUUAAGCUUUUGUUUAGUUUUUUGGUUUUUUAGCUCAGAGAGGGUCCUUCAGCUCUUUUAAUCAAUCCUUUUCCAACCUUUCACCUUUUCACCCCCCUUAGAGUGACUGGCCUCUAAUUUCUCCUUAAAGUGUCACCCUUAAAUCAAACAUAAAGGUCAUGAGAAUUAAGGAACAAACCACCAAUUCAAGGAACUCCUGAUUUCAGAAUUGGUUUUCAUUGCCAAUGCCAUGGGUAAUGUAGAGAGAAUAGUGUGGAGAAUAUUAACAACACCUUAACAUCAGUAUGCAUAUUCUCCAUACUGUUCUCUCUAUGUUUCCUUUGGUAUUGACAAGGAGAGUUAGGUUAGCAAUGUAGAGAUUCCUUAGUUAGUGAUCAUUUCAGUUAUUCUCGUGGCCUUGAUGAGUGAUUCAGGGAUGACAUUUUAAGGAGAAAUUAGAUGCUAAUCACUCUUAGGAGUUAAAGGGUUAAUUUUGGGUGUAAAGGGUUAAUGUUUGAUUACUUUUAUUUGAGGGAACAUAAAUUGUGAAAACUCUGAUGAAGUUCAGUUCCUCUGAGAAACCAAAUCUAACUUCCUGUAGAAUAGUUAGCAUUCAUCCGGCCUACGAUCCUCAAUAUUGAAAGUCUUAAUAUUUUUCGUUGCGACAGAUAACGUUUGUUGAUUUUAUCCUGUAUGAAAUAAUGGAUGAACACCAAAUUUUUGAUGGUACUUUGUUGGAGCCACACAAAAACCUUAAGGUAAAAGUUAUUUGUUUUCUUUUUGAUGCAUAUUUCAACUUGAGGCAAGGAAGAAUAUCUUCUAAACGUCACGCCUGUAUACCUCAGCGUUCUUUAGGUGCUUCAUUAAGGAGACUCUAAGGGUUACCCCAUUAAUGCCCCUUAAGCACUUCUCAUUCCCUCUAGAUUCCAUUUUCUGUCAGGCUUGAGAACAAUCCUUUUUAGCUUGGUUCUUUUGUUAUUUUCAUCUUUGUUGUUACCUUUCUUUGACUACAUGAUUUUUCCGUGGUAUUUAAGUGAAUGCUUGCAGAUUUCGUGGCCCUCUCAAUUCUCAGUAGCUUUGUGCAAGGAAUAUUCCCCUAGUUGGUCUAAAAUACAGUAUAAAUUGAUCACAGGCUAAAACUCAGUAGAAAUCAGUGGACUUUUCUGUAGUCUUUUUUUUUUUGAAAGAGAUUAAAUUACAAAGAGGGGAACCAAGGGGAUGAUUUUUCAAGGGAAGAAGGGACCAUGAACUAACAUGGGUGUAGUUAGCUACAGGAUUUUUAUUCCUUGGAGGAAAAAUAUUUUUUAAGUCAUCAAAGAAAUUCUUCUCUGUAAAAUUUGAAAUUCUGUGCUACAGUAUUUUUGGAAUGUCUGAAUAUCAAGUUAGAUUUUGAUUAAACUGCCAUGAUGUUGUGUACUGAGGAUAAAACACAGAGGAAAGUAUUAAUGGAAGGUUCAGGCGUUUAGCAGUGUAGAGCAAUUUUCGAUGAGCACUCAUCCAUAAAAAAACAGAUAAUUUUUAUUUUUCAGAUUCAUCUUCACAAGUAUUCUACAACUGCUCAUACAAUUUCUAAUGUUACUUUCCACUCAGCAUCCCUUACACAUUGUGAACUAUAAUUUACUCUAUCUUUUUAUUACUCAAUAAACUACUUCGCUUGUUUUCAGGAUUUCUUGAAACGCAUUGGGGUAAGUAGGCAUUAAGUUUCCUGUAGCCAUAGUAAGUGCCUUCAAUUUUUAUUCGAAGAGGAAGAUGUUGAUCGCGAGACGGUGCAGUCAAUACCGAGUUGCUGUAGAAUGUUUGGAUAGGUUCCCUUUGUUUUUAACUGUGGCCAGAUUGUAAGUUAUGAUAAGUUAAUGUGCUUCUCCGUGGAAGACGAGAAUAAGGCCACCUGUACCACCUUGGAUAUAGUUUAACUGUUGUCACUCCGUACAAAUGCUGCCAAGGGACAACUUUUUCAAACUAUCUUUGUGGUUUCUUUGUGCAGGAACUACCUACCAUUGCGGCCUAUCUCAAGUCAGACAGGUUUAAACCUCGUCCUAUUAACAACAAGAUGGCAAAAUUC